UUGAUGAUGGCUAAUAAUGCCUUGUCGAGUAACGUCCCUAAUAAUUGAUUGUGCUAUCUGUCUUGUGCUAACGUGUCGCAGUUGCGUCACUCGCUAGUAUGUUCAGUUGCUGUAGACAUCUUAUGUUGUGUGUUAUGCUGGUGUAAUAAAGAAGUGUAAGCGUAUUCAGUUGAACCCUUAUUCUAUAAUAGCUUGGGUGUAGAACUUAACAUAUAACCAAGACAUUAUUAACAUGGUGGCAGCGGUAUCUGAAAUUCGCUUACCGUCGACUCUUGAUCUGCAUGAUGAAAAUUUAUCAGAAACAUUUAAGAAAUGGAAGAGACAGAUUGAUAUUUUCAUGCUAGCCAGCGGUUCUACUAGCAAGUCAAAGGAAGAACAGAAGGCAAUAAUCUUAUAUUGCGCAGGUGCUCAAAUGAUUGAAGCUGCCGAACACUUUGUCUACAAUGAUACAGAGGACGAAAAUGACCCUAAAGUUCUACUACAGAAAAUGGCUGAACACUGUAAUCCUCGGAAGAAUGAGGUGAUGGAGACUUUUCGCUUUUUCAAUAUACAGUACAAAGACAAUUUUGAUACAUUUCUCAUUGAACUCCGUAGUAAAGCCGAUUCCUGUAAUUUCGAAAACAAAGACCGAAUGAUCAGAGAUAAAAUCGUAUUUUCAGUAAGCGGUAAAUUACAAGAAAUUUUGCUGCGGGAAAAUGAUCUCAAUAUGUCAAAAGCCAUAAAGAUUUGCCAAACAUAUGAAAUGUCAGAAAAGCAAGCGACGGAGAUCCGUGCAUCUUCAGAAAGCGAGCAACGAAUUUUGUUGACUAAAAAUAGACAAUAUCGAAAUACGAACAGAGCUCCGAAAAACAAGCGUAUUCCAAAUGCAUACCAAGAAUGCAAAUUUUGUGGACGCAGACACAAGUUCGGGAUAUCCUUUUGUCCUGCCUACGGAAAAACUUGUCAUUCGUGCGAUGGUAGAAAUCAUUUCCGAGUGAAGUGUAGAAACGCAAGCUAUGUUCGACAAAUGAAGAAACAUGACCAAAAUGAAGAAACGCUUGAUGAAGGUCAUCAACGUGUCCAGAAUAUAAAUAACGUCAACAGUUCAAGAAUUACUGCUCUGAUGGAAGUCAACAAUUAUGAAGUCAGAUUUCAAAUUGAUAGUGCUGCAGAUGUCAACACAAUAUGCGAGAAAUAUGUGCGGAAAGACCAAAUUAGACCAACUACUGACAAUCUUGUGAUGUGGAAUAAAACGAAAAUGAAACCACUUGGUGAGGCAAUUUUAAAGGUAAAAAAUCCUCGAAAUGAUGAAGUCGCAGAGAUGGGCUAGACUCCCAUUUGGUUUGAAUGUGAGCAGCGAAAUAUUUCAAAAACGUUUAAAUGAAGCAUUGUUCAGAUUGAAAGGUGUUAUAACGAUUGCAGAUGACAUCAUAGUAAUUGGAUGUGGAGACACGAAAUCUGAAGCGGAAGCGGAUUUGAGAGAGAACACAAGAAAUCUCCAAAUAAGGUGCCGAACUAAAAACAUUAAAUUAAAUGAUACCAAAGCAAGAAUUAUGAAAGAAGAAAUAACUUUUAUGGGCCAUAAGAUUACAACUAGUGGGAUAGAGCCAGAUCCUGCUAAGACAGAGGCCAUAGUGAAAAUGUCAUCGUUAAAAGAUGUCAGUGAUGUGAAACGAUUUUGUGGCAUGAUUCAAUAUUUAUCCAGAUUUUUGCCUAAUCUUGCCAGUGAUCUAGAGCCAAUUCGAAAUCUCACUAGAAAGAAUAUUAAAUGGCUAUGGGA